AUGGUUAGAACUAGAGGGUUAGGUCGUGCCUUAGGCAGGGUAAUAGAUAGAGCCCUGGGGAGAGAGAAUCAUUGUCAUUCAGAUGAUGUUUCCCAACGACGAAGGCCUACAACAUCUGCACAUAGGCAACGAGAAGCUGCCUCUGUUGCUAAGGAUGCUCCUGAUGUGGCUGACGUGACUGAAGACGUAUUCCGACAUGCCAAAGAAGUUGUUGAUGAUGCUGAGGGGUUUCUUGAUGGGUCGUGUGACUCAUUAGUGAUGACUGCCUAUGGUGACCAUGUUGCAGUCAUCGUAUGGAAUGAAGAGUUAUCCUCCCAUGGAAGGAAGGUUCAAAAAUUUGGGAGGCCUACUCCUGAAAUUGAAGGGCUAGUCGCUGCCACAAGAUUAAAUCCAUUGAUCGCAUGUUCAGUGGACACUGGCAAUCAGGGACUUAUAUAUGCUUUUGUGGAAAGGUGGCAUAAGGAAACGAGCAGUUUCCAUCUUCCUGUUGGAGAGGUGACCAUCACCCUGGAUGAUGUGGCCUCUCUGCUUCAUCUUCCUAGUAUAGGUGCAUUCCACAACUUUAAGACUCUGCAUGUCAAUGAAGCGGUCUUGAUGUUGGUGGAGUUACUUGAAGUCUCCAGAGAGGAAGUUAAAGCUGAGACAUGUUGGAUAUAUGAGCAUUUUUCCUCUAUUGUUGAGUCUUUGACGGAUCCAGACUAUGAUGAAAUGUCACCAUAUGCCUGCCGGUGGAUUUCUACGAAGGCCUUUUCAAAGUCAUUACCAGCAUCGAUGUACCGAAAACGUCUAGAUGGACUCACGAUUGUUGAUGUUUACUGGAUGCCUUAUGAUGACCACCGUAUAGUGUGGGAUUUUGAUCUGAUUUCAUGCUUUUCAUGUCAUAUCCGAUGGGGUCCCGUUGUCGCUAAACACCGACUAGAGAGGGUGGUGGGGCAAUUUGGAUAUGUUCAAACCAUUCCUCCAUAG